AUGGUCAAGUCGGAGUUUUCGUUAAGUGGCGAAAGGUUGGAUAUCACGCAAAGGCUCAUCCACCGGUACUAUAACGGCAACCUUUCGAAGGGGAAUGUCAGUAGACGGUCAGGUUCGGCUAAAAAGCAUGACGUGGAGGCACCAAAGACGGAUGCGGACGAGAUCGCAAAUGAGCAAGGUCAUAGCGGAGUUCUUAGCAACUUGGUUUCGGCGUUGAAGCGCGUCUUCAGCCGGGACCAUGAGCGAAACGUACUCAUCGAGAAGCUCACACAAGAAAAGCAGCACGCGACCUCCUAUGAGGAAUGGUAUACUACUGCACUGCAGCUCGACGAGCUCACGCAUACCAAUGAUUGGAAAGCACGGGAUGAGACCACGCUUUACGAUUACAUGCUGAUCAAAACGCACACAAAGAACAUGCGCGAUGCCCGCGAGAAGCGUGAUUACGCUCAGCUUCUUUAUCUCAUCCGCACAACCUGGGUGCGUAACCUGGGAAACAUGGGAAAUGUCAACCUCUACCGCCACUCCCAUGUUGGGACCAAAAACCUCAUCGAUGAGUACAUGCGGGAGUCUAAGCUCGCGCUACAGGAACUGGUGCGGAAUUCUGAUCUCGAUGAAAACUAUCUAUUAGGGAUGCUUGUGCAGACCCGGAAGAACAUUGGUCGUACAGCUCUCGUGCUUAGCGGAGGAGGUACGUUUGGCCUGUUCCACAUCGGAGUGCUUGCCACUUUAUUUGAACAGGACCUUCUUCCAAGGGUAAUUAGCGGCAGUAGUGCAGGCGCUAUUGUCGCUAGCAUUCUGUGUUCAUGUCCCAAACAAGACCUGGUUGAACUGGUUGAGAGCGUGGUUGGAAAGGAGUUCAACAUUUUCCAGGAUGACUCGGAAAAGACACAAAGUGAGAACUUGCUCAUCAAGGUGUCCCGGUUUUUUAAAAGUGGGACUUGGUUUGAUAACAAGAACUUAGUCAAGACAAUGAUAGGGUUCUUAGGGGAUUUGACCUUUCGUGAAGCUUACAACAAGACCGGGAAAAUUUUAAACAUUACCGUAUCUCCUGCAACUGUGUUUGAACAGCCCGGUUUGUUGAAUAACCUCACAGCCCCAAAUGUUUUGGUAUGGUCAGCGGUGUGCGCUUCUUGCUCUCUGCCAGGAAUUUUUCCCUCCACUCCAAUAUAUGAGAAGGAUCCUAAAACAGGAGAAACGCGCGAAUGGAAUAGCAGCACUGUCAAGUUCGUGGAUGGGUCGGUUGACAAUGACCUCCCUAUUUCCAGGCUAUCGGAAAUGUUUAACGUUGAUCAUAUUAUUGCGUGCCAAGUUAAUAUACACGUUUUCCCUUUCCUCAAAAUGUCAGUGUCAUGCGUCGGUGGCGAAAUAGAGGACGAGUUUAGCGCACGCUUUAGACAGAAUCUGUCGUCAGUUUACAACUUCAUGGCUAACGAAGUGAUCCACAUCUUAGAAAUAGCUACCGAAUUGGGUGUGGCAACAAACGUGUUAACAAAGUUUCGGUCCAUUCUUUCACAACAGUAUUCCGGUGACAUCACAAUUUUACCGGAAAUGAACAUGCUCCUUAGAAUAAAUGAGCUCUUAGCAAAUCCAUCGCCGGAAUUUUUGCUCAGGGAAACCGUCAAUGGCGCUCGCGCCACAUGGCCCAAAAUAUCGAUUAUAAAAAACCACUGCGAGCAGGAAUUCGAGUUGGACAAAGCCAUUUCAUUUUUAAAAGGAAGAAUAAUCUCCAGCCCUUCUUUCAGGACGAAAAAUCCUUUCCAAUUCACUGACCUUUCGAUUUCUUUGAUAAACACCCCGGAAAUGAUUAGCAACGACGGCCAUGUGCCUAAUGUGUUGGAUGACACCAUUCUCAACCCAAACGCUACAGAUAGGCUGCUAGUAGUGAAUGACACAUCUCGCCGCCCUCAUUCUCUUGGCAAAACAAGCAUAUCGAUAGCAGAAGCUAGCAAGCAACUACAUCAUUAUCGCCGAAAGUCAGAUUCAUAUGCAAAGGGAAGAGGCCACUCAAGGUACAGUAUUUCUCACCCAGGCAAUACUAGCUCGCACAUAUCCUCCAAAUUACUGCCAACGUUAAUGGGGUAUAGUCCAAGACUUGAUAGGAAAAAGAGCGUGGGUCAGAUCCCUUUUGGCAGCUUUGGAGGAGCAAACAACGAGAAGCAGAAAGAAGCCGACCUUACUCUGGAAAAUCAAAGGCAUAGCAAUAGCUUGACCACCCUGCAUGGCUCAAAAAACCCUAGUUAUUAUGCAUCAAACCAUACAAGCCCGCCAUCGCCACUUUCAGCUCCAAUAAGCUCUGCUCUAGAGUAUCCAACAAGAAAGGAUUCCGUAUCAUCAUACGAUUCGCCUUUGAAAUCCUAUUACAAGAGAAACUCGAAGCAACAUAGAAAUCGUAGUCCCACGGUGAGCCGGACAAGUACUGGCAAUCCAUCUAAAGGAAAAACUUCUUCGAGAAGCAAGAGUACCACAAAGCAAGAGUUCAAGAAUCCAGAAUAUGUGGACGAUUCUAUUGACCCUGUAGACUCUGAAGACAAAGGGGAAACAGAAGAGUAA